CAGCCCAGCCCCGUCCCGGGCCCCGCCGCUCCGCGCCGCCGCCGCCGCCCCUUCCUGCCCCCGUCGCGCCCCCCGGCCCGCGGUGUGGGAGGCGCCGGGCCCGGUCGGAAGAACGGCGCCGCGCUCAAUGCCCGGGGUGUUCUGUUGGAAUUUACGCCGCACAUUUAUGGCGAUUCUGAGCGUGAGGGCAGAGUUCUGCCAGGCCCAGCACAGCGCCCUGGCCGACGAGUGAGCGCAGGGCCUUGGUGCCAGACCCGCAUUGCCUCGAGGACUCCGGCACAGCGAGCGCACGCAGAUAUAUGGGAUAUCUCCUGCACCUGGGAAGCGUGUUCCUUUUACUGACUCUAGCAAAACUAAGCGUCAAGAAAACAAAGUGGAGAGAAAACCUGCCCUUACUUUUUUGCCUCACCAGUGCCUAAAUGUAGAACAGGCUGCCUAGUCUUGCACGUGGAGUGGAGUCUGAAGGAAACCACCUGCAGCAACCGAGGCCGAAGUUGAAUUCACGUGGAUUCUGAAGCAAACCUGCUUUUGUAGAAGCGAGAUCUUUAAGGAACAAACAAGCUCUGAUCAAUCCCAGCCAUUUUAGUGGUCUUUUAAUGUUUUCUGCUGUGAAACGUUUCCGAGGUUAUUGAUUUUUUUUCUUUUCCUUUUUUUUUUUUUUUUCUUUUUUAAAUUUUUUGGCCCCUCACACAUUUUGCUGCCAUUAUGAACCGUCCAGCCCCCGUGGAAAUCAGCUACGACGGCAUGCGUUUCCUCAUCACUCACAACCCCACCAAUGCGACCCUCUGCAGGUUCAUAGAGGAGCUGAAGAAGUAUGGAGUGACAACCUUGGUGCGAGUCUGUGAUGCCACCUAUGAUAAAGCUCCUAUCGAAAAGGAAGGAAUCCAAGUUCUAGACUGGCCGUUCGAUGACGGAGCGCCACCCCCCAGUCAGAUCGUUGACGACUGGCUCAACCUGUUGAAAACCAAAUUCCGUGAAGAGAGCGGAUGUUGUGUUGCUGUUCACUGUGUUGCAGGGUUGGGAAGGGCUCCUGUCCUGGUUGCACUUGCUCUCCUUGAAUGUGGAAUGAAGUACGAAGAUGCAGUUCAGUUUAUAAGGCAGAAAAGGAGGGGAGCUUUCAAUUCCAAACAGCUGCUUUACCUUGAGAAAUACCGACCUAAGAUGCGAUUACGCUUCAAAGAUGCCAACAGUCACUGCUGUGUUCAGUAGAAAAUCUCAGAUGAAGAUGGCACUGUUUUCUGGACUCUUGGCACCUGGAAAUGUGAAUCUGGAAUCAAACUGCGUCAUCAGAUGAGCGGUGGAGUCAGUGCUCCUCAACCUCUGUCCUAAUGAUGGUGAUGAUUGGAAAAAAUAAAAUAAAAAAUUAAGAGCAACAUUUCAGUGAAGGAUUAUUUUCUCCUUAAGCUGCAGUUUGAACAUCUGCAAGGAGAAAAUCAGUUUCCGAACCCUCUGUAUUUUUAACUUUUUAAGAAAAGAAAUAAAGUAAAUUUUAUGUCUAAGGAAAACCA